GUCCGUUUAGCGGCCCGCCUCCUGCCACUGCUCUGACUCUGCAGAGACUUUACGAUUGGCUGCACAGAAGUCCUCCACGCUAACCACUGUAUCCUGACGAUCGAUUCAUGAUUAAUAAUCAUCACCAAGAGGCUCGUGUGAAGCGGGUUUAUGUAUGUGGCUGCUCUUCAGCUACUGCCUUUUUAUGAGGAUUGAGGUGCUUCUUCUACUGCCUACUCAACAUCCUGCUCAUCCUUCUAUGGGCGCAGAUUGAGGUGCAAGGUCCUGUCCCAGUAAAGUAACGUGGUGAAAACAAGAUGCCCGGCCCUCCUCCUCCACCUCCUCCUGGGCCACCACCCCCUCCCACACUGGCUGUGGCCAACACAGAGAAGCCCAACCUAAACCGUUCUGAACAACAAGGAAGAAAUGCUCUCUUAUCAGACAUUUGUAAAGGCGCCAGAUUAAAAAAAGCUGUCACCAAUGACCGCAGUGCUCCUUCACUUGACAAACCUAAAGGAGGCGGAGGUGGAGGACCCGGGGGAGGUGGGGGUGGUGGUGGUGGCGGUGGGGGUGGUGGAGGGGGGUUUGGUGGAGGUGGUCCUGCCGGACUUGGAGGCCUCUUUGCAGGCGGGAUGCCAAAGCUGAGGUCUUCAGCAAACAGAGACACCACUGAUUCGGUCCCCAGUAGAGCACCCAUUCUACCACCAGGUGGACGGCCCUCUGGUCCUGCCUCUUUUGGGACAGGGGGAGGGUCUAGUGGUCCCCCCAAAUUUCCCGGAGCUCCUUCUGGUUUGAGAAACAAUGCCCUCGAGCUUCCCAAAGGCCGGCCUAAUUUCUCCAGACAGGACAGUCCUGGUGGGCCUCCUCCAGUCCCAAACACCCCCAGACCCAACCAGAGUCUUUCUUCUCGCCCAGGCCCUCCUCCUCCUUCACUUCCUGCAGGCCCCAGACCCACUCCCUCCUCUGGACCUGCUCCACCUCCAGGCAGACAUGGACCUCUUCCACCUCCACCAAUGGGAUCAAGGACAGGCCAUUCAGCCCCUCCUCCUCCAAUCUCAAAUGGGACCCGUCCACCGGUACCUCCAGGCGGGAGGCCCCCGCUUCCUGAUGAGAGACCCCCUCCGCCACCAGGGCCUGUGAGUCGUCCUACUAUGCCCCGUGACGUUCCUCCUCCUCCUCCUCCUUCUGUCAACUCCAAACCCUCUCCAGUUUCCUCAUCACCAUCAUCCCGGGCUCCAGCUGGAGGUGGAGCACCACCACUACCCCCGGGUCGGCCGGGACCCCCACCUCUCCCUCCCACCCCACCUGUUGGAGAUGACCACAGCACUCCACGACUGCCCCAGAGGAACAUCUCUCUCAACAGUCAUUCCUCUACUCCGCCACACCGAUCGGGACCCCUACCACCACCUCCCAAUGAGAGGCCACCAUCUCUGGGACGGAACCAGUCCUCAGUACGCUCAGGGCCUCUUCCUCCCCCUCCUCCAUCCAGCCGGGGCAGUAUAAGACCAUCAGCAGGCCCUCCUCCAGUGGGACGUUCCGGGCCAGAGCCUCCUCGAACUGGUGGUCGACCGCCUCUUCCUCCAGACAGGCCCGGGUCAGGGGCCCCUUUACCACCUCCUCCAAUGGGCAACGGAUUUCAAAACUCUCAUCACAACCAGAUGCAGGAUGAAUGGGAGUGUCGUUUCACUUUCCACCCAGUGUCAGACCUUCCUCCCCCUGAGCCUUAUGUGCCCUUUCAGAAGACUUAUCCAAGCAAACUUGCCAAGAACGAAGUCAGGGGGUCUGGUAAGAAAGAGCGAGGGGCGCCCCCUCUUCCUCCUAUACCGAGGUGAAAAAAGCCAGAUGUCGUCUUCUCCCUACUCCCUUCUUUUUUAUCUCUUUCAGUUUUGCUUCUUGUUCAUGGGUCCAUAUCUGUGGCCAAUCUUGGACCUGACUGUUGCCCAAAUAAGGGUUAACUUUACUCAAAGUGCCUCAGCUGCAGCAAAUAGUAGCACAUAAACAUCCAAAGCCAUUCUACUUCCUGUAACACUGUCUUUAUCCUCAAGGUGUUCGGCAUUGAUAAACGUGCAUUUUUGUUCUCUCAAAGACAUUGCCACAGCUUUGAAAUGCUGGACUAUUUCUUCCAAGACAUUUGUAUUGCUCUUUUGCCUAAAAUAGAUUGUGCAAUCCAGAAAUGUACCUACAAGAAUGCUGCAUACUCUUUCCCACUUAAAAAUGCAAACUAUUACACAGGUACUGUUCUGAAGUGCUAACCAGGAUGACAAAAACAAAGGUGACCUAUAUUUUGUGUCUCUGCUCCCCUAGUUUUGCCUUGUUUGAAGAUUGUAAUUUCAGGUGUGUUUUUAGUCCAAGAAAUGAAACUGGUCUGACUUUUUGUGCCUUAAGUUUGUGGUUUUCUAUGGCACAUGUUUAGUUGGUUUAAAUGUGUUAUGCCCAAUAACACCAGCAGGGGAUGAGCAAUAAAAUACAUUGCACAUUGUUUAUGCAACAUUGUUAGUCCAACAAAAUAUCAGAGAAACGGGUGCGUGAUCUGCCAAAGCCCCAUGUGCCUAAUGAGAAAAUGUAAUGUAUAUUUCUUUGAAUACAAUGGUACUUUUUGACUGAUGAAGUUUCUGAUCAUGUUUGUUUACAGUUGAAAAGUCUUAUUUGUAAGUGCUGCCUUGAAGGACCUGUGGAUGUACUCGAAUGAUAUAUGAAGGACUUUAUAUUUUAAGUUAUGUUUCAGGAACAUGCAGUAUUAUAUUUGUUGCUUUACCCAUGCAGCACUGCUUUAAAUUUUACCUAAUGUACUGUUCUCUCAAAGACAAUCAUGUCCAGAAAGUGAAACAAUAUUCCAAUAAAUACAAGUAUUUAAUAAUA